CGUUGAAUAGCCAAAGCAACUACGCGAGGUACGGCGGGUCGUGUCUCCGGUAAUAUUGCAAAGUGUUGCGUGAGAUUGCAAAAUACAUCGAGGAGGGGGAUCGGUUAAAAGUUUACCCAGCGAAGCCGAGAGAUAAUAUAUAUAAAAAAGAAAAUAAGUGCCACGUGUGGUUUGAGUGAUAAUCGAUAUCUGGUGGAGUCGUCCCUCGGCGAAUCAUCGGCGUUUAACGACUGAUAUCAACUGGUACCAACCGGACUCGAGUGUGUGAUAUAACAAGUCACUCCAAUUGCACAGAAUAAUCAGCUAGUGAGUGAGAAGCGUAUUUCCAGUGCGCCUAGGAAAGAGAUAAAAAUUUUUCCACAGUGGACAAAAGUGCGUCGAGGAAAUUCACGAAUUAAGAAAAAGGAGCGGAAAAUUUCAAAUAUGACUUACGAGGACGUAAUCAUGCCAGUCACACCUCAAACAGCCACUUUCGAAAGUGGUAAACUCCCCUCGGAACUCCAGCGAGAACUGAGGUGCCAAAGGGCGGGGACAGAGGUGACUUGUGGAAUGUUGCCCACCUUGCGGGCCCUGGCGUCCCGCGAAUGUUGGAGCCCGGGUACCGUCUGCCUGGUAUCGCAGUACGAAAAAACAGACCCGGCUCAGCACCUUCAGAUGACCCUGUUGGAAGCUUAUUGCCGGGAACACGGUAUCCAGGUAGUAAACGUGAGGGCGGAUUACCUGAGAUCGGCGUUGGGUCCGCAGCAUGUGGACUUGUCCUGCGUGUUGGUGACGAUCGCUGAUCCCUUCGUACUUGAAUCACCCGAAUGACUCGAACGGUCUACGACGUCCUGCCUGAAUUCGGAGGGAAAAAAUCGAAUGAAAUAUUAAUUUCUAAUUAUCGUGGGGGCGAAACUCCCGAGCGGAUCGUUGAGAUCUUGCAUAAGAGAUUUCAGCUCCGGAUGUAUUAUCCAUUAAUAAAAAUAUGUUAUGCGGUCUCCGUUACGUGCAGAGUCCGGGGUACGUACGUAUCUUAAGAUUUCGUUGCCGCGCCUGUAAACACGGGGGACAUCGGAAACAAUAAGUGGGAGACUGUUGUCCGUGUACAAUGUCCGUAUUAUUACAUAAUAGAUAUGUUAGCGAGUACAGGGAUAGAAGGGUCGUCGACCCGGUCGGUGGCUAAAUAUGAAAACCACCCGUUAUCGAGUGAUAAAUCAAAAAGAUUGUAGACUUAGUAUACGUAGCAGGGAAAUACAAUGAGACAAAGCGAUGAAAAAUAUUUAGAAGUUGGAGAAAAUUUUGAAUAAAUAAAUGUGAAUAAAUACGUAUUUUCAAAACGA